AUGAAGGAGCCAGAUGCGGGCACUCCACAAAGCAAGAAAUCCAACUAUUGGAGCUACUUGUCGGAAGGAGGUAAGGUUGAUUACAGGAGAGUCUCAUUACCGCGAAAGUUGCUUAUGCAACGCAGAAGUGCAAAUCCGGCCGGUCUCAAAAUGGAGGGCGCAGCUGCGGCCAAUGAAAUGGCACAGCAAUGUUCCUUUUACUGUAUUCACCCAACUUGCUAUGCGGCUUCAAUGUACUCUCUCUUCCAACACCCUACUUCUCCACGCGCCAUGUUCAACGCUGGCCUUGACGAAUUCUACUGCACAAAUUGA